AUGGGGAUAUCUGCCCCAGUAUGGAGCUAUGAUGUCGCUCCGAGAUUGAUGGGAUGUGUCAGACAAGAAGCAUCCUCAACCACCUCAGCAUCCCCUCCACUCCCUUCGGGUGUACCAUACUCCCAUCUGACAGUCGGCGUCCCACGAGAGAUAUUCCCUAAUGAACGUCGAGUAUCCGUCACCCCUCAGGGCGUAUCGACGCUUCUCAAAAAGGGAUUUUCAAAAGUACUCGUUUCCCCAGGUGCAGGUGCUGAAGCUUCAUUUCGAGAUGAAGAUUACUCCAAAGCAGGAGCUACUCUCGAUUCCAACCCUUUCCUUGCCGAUAUCGUUCUGAAAGUCCGGCCGCCCAUGCUAGACGGGGGCGAAGUGGAUGCCUUGAAAGACGGUUCGACACUUAUAUCUUUCCUCUAUCCCGGUAUCAAUACUGAGCUUGUGGAGCACCUCAAGAAGAAAGGUGUGACAAGUUUCGGGAUGGACGCUAUACCUCGUAUUUCUCGUGCUCAAGUAUUCGAUGCUUUAUCAAGUAUGGCAAAUAUUGCCGGGUACAGAGCAGUUCUCGAGGCGAGUAACGCUUUUGGAAGGUUUUUGACAGGUCAAACUACGGCGGCAGGGAAGAUACCUCCUGGUAAAGUUUUGGUGAUCGGUGCUGGAGUGGCGGGAUUGAGUGCCAUCACCACAGCUAAAAGGAUGGGAGCGAUCGUGAGGGGAUUUGAUACUCGUCCGGUUGCAAAGGAACAGGUGGAGAGUUUAGGAGCGGAAUUUCUCACCAUAGACAUGGAAGAGGAUGGGAGUGGUCAAGGUGGAUACGCCAAAGAAAUGUCAAACGCUUUUCUGGAGGCGGAGAUGGCUUUGUUUUUGCAACAGUCCAAGGAAGUAGAUAUCAUCAUUACAACUGCUUUGAUCCCCGGUAAACCUGCUCCGAGGUUGAUCACAAAGGAGCAUGUAGAGGCCAUGAAACCCGGCUCGGUCAUUGUCGAUCUCGCCGCCGAGACGGGUGGGAAUUGUGAGCUGACUACGCCUGGGGAGAAGGUGGUGUAUAAUGGAGUGACCAUUCUGGGAUAUACCGAUCUGCCUUCCCGCCUAUCAACACAAUCGAGCACCUUGUAUUCUAACAACAUUACCAAGUUCCUUCUAUCAAUUGGAUCGGAUGGACACUACAAUAUAGAUCUCUCCGAUGAAGUUGUCCGUCGAUCCAUCGUGACACACCAACAUGAACUUCUCUGGCCUGCUCCUCAAGCUCCAGUCACCUCUGCUCCCAUAGCUUCUGCCCCCACACCUGCGAAGCUUGAAACACCAAAGGUUGAGAUCACACCCUGGCGAAAAUCAGUCAAGGAGGUAUCCCUCCUCACUGGUGGGAUGGGUACGGCUCUCGCCUUGGGUAAAGCGACCGGACCGGUAUUUAUGGAUCUUUUCACCACUUUGGGUUUGGCCAGUAUGGUUGGUUUCAGAGCUGUUUGGAGUGUAACUCCCGCUCUUCAUUCUCCUCUCAUGUCGGUUACGAAUGCCUUGUCCGGAUUGGUCGGAGUAGGAGGUUUAUUCGUUAUGGGAGGAGGUUUAUUACCUCAUACAUUUCCCCAAUUGCUAGGUGCGGCAAGUGUCUUCCUGGCUAAUCUUAACAUCUUCGGUGGAUUUCUCAUCACCAAACGAAUGCUUGACAUGUUCAAAAGACCUACCGAUCCACCAGAGCACGGAUGGCUUUACUCUAUACCCGCCGCUUUGUUCGGUGGAGGUUUCAUCUACGCUGCCAGUAGUGGAUUAGGAGGGUUAGUAUCAGCCGGUUACUUCAUCAGCACUAUGCUCAGUGUCGGAGCAUUGACUGGAUUAUCAUCACAGACCACCGCCCGAGUAGGUAAUGCUCUCGGUAUGAUAGGUGUCUUUGUCGGUCUUCUCGCCACUCUCGCUGCAGUCGGUUUCACUCAAGAACAACUCGGUCAAUUAGCCAUCCUCGUGACCCUUGGAGGUGGUCUAGGUCUCGCCAUAGGUCGACGUGUUUCUCCCAUGCAAUUACCACAAACUGUUGCCGCUUUACACAGCGUGGUCGGAUUAGCGGCUGUGAUGACCUCCGCUGGGAGUGUCUUGGAAGGUCACACUUCUCCUUUACAUCUCACUACGGCAUAUCUCGGGGUUCUCAUCGGCGGUAUUACCUUUACCGGUUCAAUCGUCGCUUUCUUAAAACUCGCAGGAAGAGUCAGUUCGAGACCUACCAUCUUACCCGGUAGACAUCUAAUCAACUCCUCUUUGUUAGCUGCCAAUGCGAUCUCGAUGGGGACGUUCUUGACUAUGGCACCGACUGCACCUGCCAUCGGAGCGGCUUGUUUGGCAGCGAAUGCAGGGUUGUCUUUCUUGAAAGGUUGGACAACUUCAGCUGCUAUCGGUGGUGCCGACAUGCCGGUUUUGGUUACUGUUUUGAACGCCUACUCUGGGUUUGCAUUGGUGGCGGAAGGGUUCAUGUUGGAUAACAUGUUGUUGACUAGUGUGGGAAGUUUGAUUGGGGCGUCGGGGAGUAUUUUGUCGUAUAUCAUGUGUCGAGCCAUGAACAGAAGUCUUGUCAAUGUUAUCUUCGGCGGUAUAGCACCUACAACAGCAGCUGAUGAUUCUACCAAAGGUUUAUCGGUAACUCGGACCAAUGUGGAAGAAGUGGUUGACAUGUUGACCAGUGCGGAUUCCGUAAUAAUUGUACCAGGUUACGGUAUGGCAGUUGCUAAAGCUCAAUACGCAAUUUCAGAAAUGGUUUCCACUUUACGUUCCAAGGGAAUCAACACCCGUUUCGGUAUUCAUCCAGUUGCGGGUCGUAUGCCAGGACAAUGUAAUGUUCUCUUGGCAGAAGCUGGUGUACCUUAUGAUGUUGUUUUGGAAAUGGACGAAAUCAAUGAUGAUUUCAAAGAAACAGAUGUUGUUCUUGUCAUAGGAGCAAAUGAUACUGUUAAUCCUAUUGCUUUAGAACCUGGUUCGGCUAUAGCUGGAAUGCCAGUUUUAAAUGUUUGGAAAAGUAAGGGAGUGGUGGUUAUGAAGAGAGGGAUGUCAUCUGGAUAUGCAGAAGUACCCAAUCCCUUGUUCUACUACCCCAACACUAGGAUGUUAUUCGGAGAUGCUAAAGAGACUUGUGAGGCGUUAUCGCGUGGUUUAGCAUCGAGGAAAGAAUAAAAGGAACUCGGUAGAGAUUUACGUGUGUUACAUUCUUGAUAUAUCUAUCCAUCCAAUUUUGUGGGCUAUUUGUAUGCAAUCAUCAAUGUAAAUGUCAU